CCCAGCUGUAUUUAAUUGGCGCCGAUUUAAACCAAAACAACGAUUUAUAGUAAAAUGACGUUUAAUUGAGACACUUUUUAUAUACACGGUUAGGCACCAUCAUGGAGACUUCACACAUGGCAGAAAAUGGCAAUAAUCGGUCGGAGAUGCUCCUUUUGCCAGCAUCGACAGUCCGACUUAUCACAAGUUCUCAAGUCAUUACUUCCGUUGUCAGUGUCAUCAAAGAACUUAUCGAAAACGCACUGGACGCGAAGGCGACCAAUAUUGAUAUAAAACUGGACAAUUAUGGGUUUGACAAAAUAGAAAUACGAGAUAAUGGUGUGGGAAUAAAACGGUCGGAGACCACACAUAUGGCCCAGAGACACUACACAUCGAAAAUAUGUGAUCAUGACGAUUUAGAAACAUUGUGCACAUAUGGUUUUAGAGGAGAGGCGCUUGCAUCACUUUGUGCUGUUUCCAGUGUUACCAUGACAACCAAAACAGCUGAUGAUGAUAUUGGAAUGGUAUAUACUCUGGAUCACCAUGGAAAAAUCACAGCUACCAAGCCUGCUCCAGUCAAUCAGGGUAGCACAGUGAGUGCCACUCAGCUGUUCAAGAACAUACCAGUCAGAAAACAAUUCUAUAAUAGUAACAAGAAGAAGAAAGAAGAAUUAAAGAAAGUUGAGGAUUUGGUGAUGGCAUUUGGAGUAAUCAGGCCGGAAGUUCGAAUGACGUUGAGACACGAUAAAUCUCUACUCGUACAGAAAAAUAAAGUCAAUGAUUGCAAGACAGCGUUAAUGAAUGUACUUGGGACAGCUGUGAUGUCUCUGAUGGAACCAGUCGUCUAUUUGAAUACUGAGCCACAGAUUACCAUCAGUGGUUAUGUUCCAAAGCCUGGAUCAGACACGCAGCAAACAAGCAGACCUACCAAUGACAGAUGUUUCAUCUUUGUCAAUAAACGACCUGUUCAUCUGAAAGAAAUUGAAAAAUUGGUGAAGCACAUGUACAAUGACAGCAAUGGAAGUGACAGUUCAAAUCGUCGUUAUCCCAUCUUAUUCCUCAGUAUCAAUGUACCAUCCAGUGUUGUCGAUGUCAACUUGGAUCCAAAUAAGACCACUGUGUUACUACACAACAAGGAUGCCAUCCAUGCUGCAAUUAUAUCAAUGUUGGGAAAAGUCUAUGCUGGAAAAUCAAAACCUGAAAACCUGAGUGGUAGUCGAAUAGACGAUGAGGACCAUGUGCAUACAAGUCCAAAUGAUUCUCAAAACAUUGCAACCACAAUCGUCAGAGAUAAUGAUAAGUUAGAAUUUCAGUCAGUUGCUGGAGCAGUUAAAAUAAGUACCGUUGUCGAAAAUAGUGUGAAUGCAGACAAAUCAACACUUAGUAGACCUUUUGACACAUCAGACGAAAUACAGGAGACUCCACGUCAAGUUGCCAUGGACGAUAGGUUGGAGAGUGUAGAGAAUGAAGGUGAACUUGGUGAUAACAUUGAUUUUUCUCUUCUGGAUGAUUCAGUCAUAAAUAUGUUGAACUGUGAAAUGAAAGCAGGAGAUGUCAGUACUGCAGAAAUCAACGUUACCACUUCAGAAAAUAUUCUAACUGCAAAAUCAAGUUUUGAUGUGAAACAAGUACAUGGUCAUGGCAGUGUAUUGGACAGUGCACCUGGCUGUGAAGCAUUGACCAAUCAAAAUAUGGCAUCAUCUGAAACAACCAAUCAGGGAUUAAAAGUAUGUGGUGCCAAUACAAAUAAACCAAUUGUUGAACCAAGAAAAUUGAACAAAAAUCAGGGCAUGGUUAAUUUGGAAGAGAUUACUGGUGUUGACUGGAGUGCAGGUCGUGGUCUUGUUGAUGGUAAAGGUAUCCCUAUCCAAGUAAGUAAAGUUACCGAUGUUGAUGGUAAAGGUAUCCCUAUCCAAGUAAGUAAAGUUACCGAUGUUGAUGGUAAAGGUAUUCCUAUCCAAGUACAUUGUAUUCUUAUCCAAGUAAGUAAAGUUACCGAUGUUGAUGGUAAAGGUAUCCCUAUCCAAGUAAGUAAAGUUACUGAUGUUGAUGGUAAAGGUAUCCCUAUCCAAGUAAGUAAAGUUACUGAUGUUGAUGGUAAAGGUAUCCCUAUCCAACCUGUUCAGAUACUAGGUGCUGCAUGUUCUGUGGAUGGUACAAGUAAAACAUCACAAAGUCCAGUGAGAAAUAAAAGACCAUUAGAACUCAAGGCAAGUAAUCAUGGAAGUCAUCCAGGAUUAUUGGUGAAAGGGGAUGGACAAUCUACUCUGUACGACAUGGUAUGUAAUACUCCAAUCAGAAGACCUGUUACUGCACUACAGUGUUAUGCAAAUGAAGUUAAACCACAAGUUGUGGAAGAAAGCCCUGGACUAAGUUCACUGGCCAUUAAUAAAGUAAUAGCUGAUAAAUGGGAAAUUCUUGAUGAUGAAGAACGAGAAAAAUAUGAAACCAUAGCAACCAAUGAUGAGAACAGGUAUCAUCAGAAAAUUCUGUCAUCCAAACGUAAGAGAUCUUUAUGCAGCGUAAAACCAGUUGGUAAAAGGAAGCGAGUUGACCUGCCAUCAAACCAGCCAGUUCUGGAUACCACGUUGUUUUCACCGAGUGUCAACCAAUCUAGAAACGGGUCAAACCAAAAGCCAGAAGUGACAGUAAAAGUUGUUGAUGUGCCAUUUGAUAUGCAGUCACUGAAAAAAACCUGCAAAUUGAGUGGCAAGUCUAUCAAGAAUAUUGGGAAGCCCUGUUUAAUUGGUCGAUUAAAAUCACAUGGUAUAUGGUUUCUCAUCCGAGAUCAACAAGUAUCUGUGUUUAACCAUUACAGAGUUGAGGAAACACUUCUUUACCAUCGACUGAUAUCACAGCAUUUGUUACCAAGGCAACCGUUAGAAGCUGCAAUUACACUGAAUGCAAACAUGUUAGGUGGUACUGUACUGUGGCAGACAUUGCUUAGUAUGCAGAGUGAAGUCAGACCACCUGACCAAACUAGAUAUUACACUGAUAAAAGACUACUGUCAAAUGGUUUUGAAAUUCAACAAACUGUUGAUUCCCAAACUGGUGAUGUCUUACUUCAAAUUGUUGCCAUGGCAAGCUGUCUUUCUUAUGUAGGAGUGCAUGAUUUGAAGGAGAUCCUUGAAUUGGUUGCCACGACAACAGCUCACACAGUUGCUAAAUGUAGACCAGUUAAAGUCUCAGAUUGCUGGAAAACUCUCUCAGAUUGCUGGAAAACUGUUCCAGAUUGCUGGAAAACUGUUCCAGGUUGCUGGAAAAAUGUCUCAGAUUGCUGGAAAACUGUCCCAGAUUGCUGGAAAACUGUCAGAUUGCUGGAAAACUGUCUCAGGUUGUUUGAAAACUCUCUCAGGUUGCUGGAAAAUUGUCUAAGAUUGCUGGAAAACUGUCCCAGAUUUCUGGAAAACUGUCCCAGAUUUCUGGAAAACUGUCCCAGAUUGCUGGAAAACUGUCCCAGAUUGCUGGAAAAACUUUCUCAGAUUGCUGGAACACUGUCUCAGAUUGCUGGAAAAUUGUCUCAGAUUGCUGGAAAACUGUCCCAGAUUGCUGGAAAACUGUUUCAGAUUGCUGAAAAACUUUCUCAGAUUGUUGGAAAACAGUUUCAGAUUGUUGGAAAACUGUCCCAGAUUGCUGGAAAACUGUCUCAGAUUGCUGGAAAACUGUCUCAGAUUGGUGAAGCGGUGAGAAUGUCCAGAAAUCUGUCAUCAAAUCUUUCCGAAGGAGUCCAAGAUGUACUUGAUAGAAUGCAGAGAGAACUUCCUGCUGACUGCAAGACAUGCUUUCAUGACAAACCAUUUGAAGUCAAUAUCGCAUUGGAUCACGUAAUGGGCAGCAUAAUAGAGAAAAUAUGGGAAUAUCUGAUUUAUUAA